AAUGAAACUGCUUUUGGGAAACUGCGCUGUUUCGGCAGCUCUGAUCAAGAUGGACAAGUGCAACCCACCAAUGAGACUUGUGUGAUGAUGCAAGCAUUGGGACCCGGGAUUGAUGCGAACGACAUCUAUCAGAUGAUUGUCAUUGCGGUCAGCAGCGUUACAAUGCAGGUUCUGCAGUGGGAGGCUGAUCUAUGGAGGCAAUGUUUUAAGUUCUUAGAGCCGAUAUGUUUUAAUAUUGGAGUGUGUUUCGUUGUUGUAUUGGAAUUGUAUUGUAUUGCCAGCUGCUUCAAUCGUAGGUUUGUGGAAGAGAAUAUGUUGCCAUUCAUCUUCUAUACUAGGUUGGCUUUGGAAUGUCUAGUUUGGGUUGGUCUCCUUGCACUUCUGCUUUGUCUGGUGGCGACGGUGCUGCCCGUGGUCACCAUUUCGCUCCUGUUCAUCAUGGGCUGCAUGGGGUUGCCUUUCAUUGCCGACAAGGCGGCAGGCCUUGGCGUCGGAAAUUGCCAUUUGGAGCGAGCGGUGCUGCUUUGCAUUCCAGUUCCCGGUAGUGAUGACGCCGUACCUUUGAACUACUAUGUGCUUCCUGCAUUUGUGUUGAAGUGGGCAUGGCAUCUAUCCACUGUGUUCUCUCAGCGUUGCCAAGAAAAGAAGCAGCCACAUCAGGAUCGUCAGGACCAGAGCAGAAGCUCAGCGUGGUACAGCUACGAGUCCAUCAGUUCGGCGUUGAAGUGGCCAAUCGAAGUCACCUGUCAGCUUCUGGAUGUCAAAUCUGAUGUGAGUGUAGCACUCGCUUCUUGGAAAGUGCUUCCACUUUGGUGGUCUGUUUUGUUUGCCCCUACAGUGCUGCUCUCUGGUUACAGCCUCUGCAUGGUUGCAGCUCAGAAGCCUAAGUUUGUGACAGAGAAUGCGUUCUGGUCCAGGUUGCAGCUCUGCGAAGAUAUUCCACAGGCCCUACUUGCACUUGUUGGCAUCUUUCUUUACGCAGGGCUGGGAGUUCCACAGGACCCAUUCAUUGUAACUACGGUGGCUGACUCAAUGCUGGACUGCAUGGUACAAGUCGUUCUCUGGGACAAUCAUCCUCAAGACCGGCUGCUGUUGCCAACAGAUGAGACAGGAGAGCUCACGAAAAACACUUACCACGAACAACCCAUCUCAUCAGCAAGACGUUGCACUAUAGUAAGCAUCUGA